CGUCACGAUUUGUGUUGGUGCCAUGACGCAAAACAAGGAAGACUUAACAUGGCGGAGGGCAAUGUUCACAAUGGCUAAACAUUCACACAGAGGUGGUUUCUUACUAAAUACAUGGAUAACCGGACAAGAUCAAUGUGGAGACAUAAGGAUAAGCUUCUAGAGUAUCCUUAGUUGUGACAAUGGGCGGGAAACAGAGCACGAGUGCGCCCCGCGUGCGGACUUUCUCUGGAAGUGCACCAGGCACGAGUGGCACAGGUGCAGAAAUGACAUUAGGUGCAACCUCUUCUGCGAGUGCACGUUUAAGGGCCCGGAGCCUGGGGAGUUUCGGGCCCGGUCCGGGGACAAUGACAAUACCCAGUUCUAACGGUAACACGCGGGGAGCUGGCUCUCCCGACUCCGAUUCUAGCUCACCCGAGGAAGGUCCUACGUUUGCGGGACGAACUGUCCCCCAUUCAUUACCCCUUCAUUUGUUUGCACUUCACGGAAUCAAAUGCCCAGUAUGUUCCAAGUUUAUACCGCCUGAUGACAUAGAAUGUCACCUUGUCAUCUGUCUCACAAAGCCUCGCAUCAGUUACAACGAGGAUGUACUGACAGAGGACAAGGGUGAAUGUGUGAUAUGUCUGGACGACCUGGAGAAGGGCGACACUAUUGCUCGGCUACCAUGUCUAUGUAUAUACCAUAAAGGAUGCAUCGAUAAGUGGUUUGAGAAGAACAGAUCUUGUCCAGAACACCCGGCAGACUAACACAAGGGAGGGGGGGCAUAUAGUUCACACAUCAUCAUUUCAUCAUCAUAUGGUUAUUUUAUUGGGCUUUCAAUGGACUUUAGAAACACAUAACUUAUGUUUUUGUAUAUUUUUUCUUUCUUUUGUGUUUUUGUGUCUGAACUUGAUGCACAUACUUGCUGUGCAGUUUACUGUGAGGUAGAAUGAUAUACCUAUUGUUGACUGAGGAAAAUCAUUGACUAUCUGUCCAGUCAAACAUCAUCGCCAUUUACUAUAUAUCUUAUCACCCUAUAUUAAACUAUAUAUGUACCGAAAGCUUCAUUGUUGUAGUGAGCUCAUCCAAUUUGACUAUCUUCUCAGGAUCAAUCACAAGCAUUUUGAUUUGCACUCUUUUUAGUUUGAAAAAAUGCAUUAUUGGAUCUUAAAUAUACGGGGCUGUGGAAAGUGCCCAGGAAGGGAGAUAACUCUGAGGCUUCAGAUUCUGAAGAGGAGGAUGGAGAUGAUACAGAAAGAGGAUCAUUGGACCUCAGCCUUGGCUAAAAGAAUACCUGCUCAAACAUUCUGUGUCUGUUUGUUUACUCAUCCUUGCUGUAGGUGUGGUAGUGGUAUACCUUUUACUGGUGGACACAUUUGUACGUGGCGUAAUGAAAAUGUUCGCCAUUCAUGUAGGCCUGCAGAUUAGAUCAGUGCUGAUGCAGUAGAAAAGAUAUUUUACAGAAAAAAGAGAAUGUGAAAUUUUAAUGUUUUCAUUAAUCUGAGUGUAAAGUCUGUCUUUUCUCCUAGACAGAAUUUGGCAUGAAAGGAAUGCUUUAUUAUUAAUUUAAAAAAAACAACAAAAAAACAGGUAAUUUUAAUAGGUGAAUAUCAAUAUUUCACAAAGCAAAUAACGGUAAGGCUGCAUGUAAACAUUCAACAGUGAUUCAGAGUUGGAUCAAGGACAGUACAAGUGUAUUUGGUUGUUAACCCAUGUAGACCCUGAUUGUAAUGUCGGCCUGUCUAGUCAGUUAAAGUGGACCAGUUGGAUGUCCACCACAGGUAUACAUAGCACUGCGGCCCAGCACAACCACUUGUAUUGAGGUGAACUUAUUGAAUUAAAGGGAGCUAACUGUAGAUUUUUUCGUGAUUACAAAUCUGGUCAGAUACACUGAAUUUGAUCAAGUGAAAAUGUUGAUUUUAAUCUGAUUGAUCUGGUUUGGUUUGUGCUGUAUAUGCUACAGAAAAUCAUUUGUUUAUAAAAAAAAAGGAAAUCUGCAUGAAAUCGGAAGUAUUUUUUUUUCAGAUGGAAGUUUUGUUACUUAGGUAACUGAAAACCAAACAAAUUCUCAUAGUAUGACUAAAAUUUCUUGAUGUCUGUGUAGUCGGUUAUAGCUGGCAGACUGCAGAAGAAAUAAAAUGUUGACAUUAUAUGUCUUUAUAUUCUUACCUGAAAUGGGUUUUUUUUAGUUUGUUGGUUUUCUGCAAUUAUACCAUUCACACAUUAUCAUUGUUUUUCACGACAUACAAAACUGACAAGGUGUUACGUACUUGUGAUAGUUGACAUAAUGUA